AAGAUGGGAUUACUGGCGUAGAAGACCGCUCUCAUCACAUGCUCAACUGGCCAGCUUCAGUCUUGGCCAAAACGCUGCGCGGUUUAAGCCGAAAGUUAUUGUUUACCGUGCCGAACGGCUGUGCUUGUUUCUGUGAUACGAUGUGCCUGGAUAUUUUAAGGCAGAGGAAGAAGGUGUUGCUGCUGCUACUGCUGAUGGCCAGUGGCAGUAUCUUCUACUACCUAUACACGCUGAAAUUGGAGCGGGAGCGUGACGCAAACGUAUCUUCGACGACGUCACGCCUGGAGCGUGAGAUAAGCGAUCUGCAGGCGGUUUUCGAGUCGGAGGUUGUCCCCCAACUCGGGGCUUUGGGCCGUCCGGCGAGGGGCAAUUGGACCACUGAGGAACUGGAGGCCAUCGCAAAGAGCCAGCGGGAAACGGGUUACAACGCCUGGCUCUCAAAGCGCAUCUCACCUGAGCGAACUCUGUACGACAUGCGGCAUCGCAGCUGUAAAAAGCUCAAGUAUCCGCUGGAAAAGCUCCCGUCGGUCAGUGUGGUGAUAACAUAUCACAACGAGGAGGCGAGCGUGCUGCUGCGAACGCUGAGCAGCCUGAGGAGUCGGACGCCGGUCCUGCUGCUCCGGGAGAUCAUCCUGGUGGACGACGGCAGCAGUUCGGUGGACGAGAAGCUCAACGACUUCCUGCAGAUCAAGUUCCUCAAUAUGGUGAAGCACCACAGGAUCUCCACGCAGGUGGGUCUAAUUCAGGCCCGUGUCACGGGCGCUAAUCUUGCCCUGGCCGAUGUCCUGGUCUUCCUGGACUCCCACGUGGAGGUCACCCACGGCUGGCUGGAGCCACUCCUGGCUCCCAUUUUGACGAGCAACAGGACCUGCACCACACCGAUUAUUGACACCAUUGAUUAUGAGACCUUCGCCUACAGGAGGGGCAAGCCAUCGAGGGGUUUCUUCAACUGGCAACUUAACUACAUUCAGCUGCCGCUCCUCAAGGAGGAGGCGGUGGCCAUGCCGGCGCCCCACAAAAAUCCCAUCAUGAAUGGAGGUCUCUUCGCCAUCGGCCGGCAGUGGUUCGCCGAGCUUGGUGGCUAUGACAAGGGACUGAAGAUCUGGGGAGGCGAGCAGCUCGAGCUGAGCCUUAAGUUAUGGCUGUGUGGAGGGCAGAUUCUCGAGGUUCCCUGCUCCAGGAUCGGUCACCUUUACAGAGACGGCAAUUUCCAGAUUCGCUAUACCGAUAAGGACAAAAAUAGUGAGAAGAAACUUAUUCAAAGGAACUACCGACGAGUGGCUGAGGUGUGGUUGGAUGAAUUGAAGGAUAAGGUGUUUGCUAAUAUGCCGCAUCUAACUGUGAUUCCGGCUGGGAAUCUUGCCGAGCAACGAGACCUUAGGAAGCGCCUUCACUGUAAGCCAUUCAAAUGGUUUUUGGAUCACUUGGCAGCAGAUUUCCUGAAUUUGUACCCCAUAAUAGACCCCGCCGAAUACGCCACAGGGGUGUUGCAGAGUGUGUCUUCGCCGAAGCUCUGUUUGGAUCGCACAGAAAGUCGACCUGGUCGACCCAAGUUAAGUUCCUGUAGUGGAGAUCGGGUAUUUCCGAGAUCAGAGCUGCACUGGACCCUGACCAAUCAUCGUGAGUUGCAAUCAGGACUGCUGUGCUUGGAGGUCCGCAACCAGGGAAUGGAGGUCUAUAUCUAUCACUGCCACCGGCAGAAGGGGAAUCAGUUCUGGUCCUUCGACCCCAAGACUCGCCAGGUGAUCUCUGGCCAGAUGCAGGACUCCAGACUUUGCUUGGAGGUGCAGCCGGAAAUACAUGCCGUUACCACGGGUGACUGCGAUCCGAAAAACUCCAAGCAGCAAUGGAAAUUCGGCUACCAAAACAACGAAAGAUUGCACCAUUUUUGGGACAAUGUCAAGACGCAUUAAACGU